GCAUCCACCACAUCACUCCGUGGCUCCUCAUCUUGAAGUCCAACCGUUUUUGCCUGGACGCCUCCCAUAAGGCCGGAAGGAAUGUCCACAUGCACAAAGACUGCCACGAGCUCCCUAAUCAGCGGUGGUACAUGCUGGAUGGCAACCUCGUGAACCUUCAAGAUGGCAAGUGCUUGGACUACAACCUUGAGACGAACAAUGUGUACAUGCAAGAGUGCCACGACGGACGAAACCAGAAGUGGUAUUUUGAAGAUGACACUGCAUACAUUCGUACUGAGGAGGACCACAAAUGCUUGAGUAUGGAACUGAAUGGGCAUACGGAUAAUAUCAACGUUAUCAUGACCGACUGCGCAGACGUGGACUUUCGGAAGUUU